GCAGUGAGGCAGAGGGAUUUGAAUGAGGACAGGGACUGGCUUGCCAAAGCAAAGGGCGUUCAUGUAUAUGGCAUGGAAAACAAUAUAGAGAUGACUGUGGGGAAAAGCAGACAGACAAUGAGGCAUUGACGCAUCCUUGGGGGUGGGGCUAUGAUGAGGCUAGGUGGGAUAAGCAGAUGAGGCAGAGUGCUGGAGGGCCUCAGAAGUGAGCAGGGGAGGUUUGACAGUGAAAUGGGGAGGCAGUGAAAGGACUCAGCGAUGAGUUGUAGUGACUAGGAUAGGGAGGGAGGGGUUGGAUUACCCUCCCACUGGUGUACUAGUGCUCUGACAGUAGCUCUGGUUUGUUCCAAAGGAACUGAGGAAGUCCCCUUUGGAGACAAGCUAUUUUUGUAUUCCUCUCCUGCUCCACAGCCUGUGAAAUAAGAAAUGUCGUCUGAUUCGAGCAAGAAGAGGAAACCCAAGGUCAUCCGCACUGACGGGGCCCCGCAGGAGAGCAAGCGGAGCAGGGCUGACCCUGACCAGGAUGUGAAGUAUUACAGUGAAGAGGCGGAGGUGGAACUCCGAGAUCCCAACAAAGACUAUGAACUCUACAAGCAAACCUGCCAGGAACUUCAGAGGCUCAUGGCAGAAAUCCAGGAUCUGAAGAGCAAAGGCAGCAAAGACAGUGCUGUUGCGAUAGAAGAGCGUCGAAUCCAGAGCUGCAUGCACUUCAUGACCCUGAAGAAACUCAACCGUUUGGCUCAUAUUCGACUAAAGAAGGGGAGAGAUCAGACCCAUGAGGCAAAGCAGAAAGUAGACGCCUAUCACCUGCAACUCCAGAACCUGUUGUAUGAGGUGAUGCAUCUGCAGAAGGAGAUCACCAAAUGCCUGGAGUUUAAGUCAAAACAUGAGGAGAUUGAUCUAGUGAGCGUGGAUGAAUUUUACAAAGAGGCUCCUCCAGAAAUCAGCAAGCCUGACAUCACCCUCAAUGAGCCCCACCAACAGACCCUGGCCCGCCUCGACUGGGAGCUGGAGCAGCGCAAAAGGCUGGCGGAGAAGUAUAAGGAGUGUCUGGCCAACAAGGAGAAGAUCCUGAAGGAGAUAGAAGUGAAGAAGGAAUAUCUGAGCAGCCUGCAGCCCCGGCUCAACAGCAUCAUGCAGGCCUCCCUCCCUGUCCAAGAGUAUCUCUUCAUGCCUUUCGACCAGGCACACAAGCAGUAUGAGACGGCUAGACACUUGCCACCACCUCUCUAUGUUCUCUUUGUCCAAGCCAAUGCCUAUGGUCAGGCCUGUGAUAAGAAGCUGGCUGUGGCAAUCGAAGGGAGUGUGGAAGAAGCCAAAGCCCUCUACAAGCCACCAGAGGACUCCCAAGAUGACGAGAGUGAUUCUGAUGCUGAAGAGGAGCAGACCACGAAGCGUCGCCGCCCCACGCUGGGUGUGCAGCUAGAUGACAAGCGCAAGGAGAUGCUGAAGAGACACCCCCUGUCUGUUACCAUUGACCUCAAGUGCAAAGACGACAGCGUGCUCCACCUGAUCUUCUACUACCUGAUCAACCUCAAUGUCAUGACAGUGAAAACCAAGGUGACCACUGCUACGGAGAUGACCACGCCCAUCAGUGCUGGAGAUCUGCUGUCUCCAGGCUCCCUGCUGAACUGCCUGUAUCCUGGGGAUCAUGGGAAGAGAACUCCAAAUCCAGCCAACCAGUUCCAGUUCGAUAAAGUUGGCAUCCUGACCCUGAGUGAUUACGUGACAGACCUGGGGCACCCCUACGUGUGGGUGCAGAAGCUGGGUGGCCUGCAUUUCCCCAAAGACCAGCCUCAGCACACAGUGACCGCAGAUAACUCGCUGAGUGCCAGCCACAUGGAGAUGACUAUGAAGUUGCUCAGGACGAGGCUGCAGUCCCGCCUGGCUCUCCACAAGCAGUUUGCUUCACUUGAGCAUGGCAUCGUGCCCGUCUCCAGCGAGUGCCAGCAUCUCUUCCCUUCCAAGGUCGUGUCGCACUUGGUGAAGUGGGCCGCGCUCCCCUACGAGGAUUACCUGGAGCUGUCUUACACCAAAGACGUCGUGGAGGCUGGCUUAGCUGAAGACACUCACCUCUAUUAUACGGCACUGGUAGAGAGAGGAACAGCCAAACUCCAGGCAGCUGUUGUGCUGAAUCCAGGCUACUCUUCCAUGCCACCCAUCUUUAACCUGUGUCUGAACUGGAAAGGGGAGAAAACCAAUAGCAACGACGACAACAUUCGGGCAAUGGAGAGCGAGGUCAAUGUGUGCUACAAGGAGCUGUGCGGGCCAAAGCCUGGCUACCAGCUCCUGACCAACCAGCUGCAGCGCUUGUGUGUCGUGCUGGACGUCUACCUGGAAACAGAGUCCCACGACACCAGCGUGGAAGGGCCCAAGGAGUUCCCCCAGGAGAAGAUGUGCCUGCGUCUUGUCAGGGGGCCCAACCGGAUGAAGCCAUUCAAGUACAACCAUCCUCAGGGGUUCUUCAGUCACCGCUGACCCCAUCACCAGGAUGAGCUCCCACAGCACCUGAAUCUCCAUGCCACCGUUGUUCUCAGCUGGUGGGGGUCAACCACAUCCCCCAGCAACCUCUCCUGCCCCUCCAUGCAGCGCUCCCAUUCCCGCGUUGCUUCCCAGGGGUGUUCGAAAGUAUUAAAUUCUAGAUGAAGAAAA